UUCUCCGCCAAUCAAACUCAUAGAAUGUGAUGUCGUCACUUUGCGUAAAUGUAUAUGUCCUAGGCGGUUCUGAUAUUACAAAAUACACGUGAAGUGAUUUAAUUUAGGCAGAAAAUUAAACGACUUUCUGCACGAACUUCUUCUUAUUAGGUUUCUCGAAGUCAUGUCCUCAGAUCAGUGAAGACGGCGGCUUGGUAGAUACAGAUUUGUCCCCUGAAUCAUACUGGAGGAAAGUCAUAAGGACAUACAGACUGUCAAGGACUGCAGUGAGGCCUAAUCACCAUAAUGAAUGACAACGUAUGAGCAAAUAUUAAGCAACUCCCAGCGACCAUAAGUAUAAUUAAUAAUACUCUACGGCUGUGCUGUUGCUUUUCAGUGAAGUGCGUUCCCUUUGAAUUGACAUGUUUUAUAUAACCUGGCCUAUAACGUAUUAACUAUUAACAGGGGAACUGCUGCUCUAGUUUGUGGACGUUUUUCUUGGGUCUAUUUAUGCGUGUGCUGUGUGGAAUAUCUGGAUGUUAUUAGGUGCCAGAUGCUCAAAAUGUUGUUGAGCAACAUACUGGGAUGCACUUAAGUAGGCCUGCUGAAAGUACAAGUAUUAAUUAUUCAGAAACACUCAGAGUGUUAUAAUAUUAGUAAUAUAUUGCAUUGUUAGAUAUUAAUUAAUGUUAUGCAGUGGCAAGAAAAAAUGUGCAAACCCUUUGGAAUUAGCUGCAUUGAUUGGUUACAAAAUGUGAUCUGUUCAUCAAAGUUACAGUAAUGGACAAACAGGUUCUGUUUUAACUAAUAACACACAAAUAAUUGCUUUGCUCUUGUUCAUACUGAAAACAUCAUUCAAACAUUCACAGCGUAGGCUGAAAGUAUGUGAACCCCUCAGCAAAUUACUUUGAUUUACAAAGCUAAGUGGAAUCAGGUGUUAGCAAACCUGGAGUCCAGUCAGUGAAACAAGAUUGGGGGUGUGAGUUAGAACUACUUUGGCAUUUAUUUAAAAAUGCAACUGCUGAUAUGAACCAUGCCUCACAAAAAAAAAAAAAGAUCUCAGAAGACUUAUGAUCAAGAACUCCUGAUUUGAGUUUAGAUAUCCAUCAGUCCACAAUUAAGACAAAUAGUCUAUAAAUAGGCACGAUUUACUACUGUGGCUGCUCUCCCUAGAGGUGGGCGCCCAGCCAAGGUUACUCCAAAGGCAAAACAUAGAAUCCUCAAUGAAGCUAAAAAUGACCUCAGACGAACAACUAAAGGAUUAAAGGAACUAAAGCAAUCAUUGGAAAUGAUUAACACAUCUGUUCAUGAGUCUACCAGAUGUAAAUCAUUGAGUAGGCUGUGUGUCCAUGGCAGAAGAAGCUGCUACACACCUGAAGUUUGCCAGAGAGUAGCAUGACUUUUCACAGUGCUACCAGCUAAAUGUUUUGAUGAGACUAAUGAUGAAGUGUCAAGAAGACCAUGCACCACUAUGGUGUAAAAAGGGCACCGUAUACCAACAUGAAAACCUCAUCCCAGCGGUGAAGUACGACAGCGGGAGCAUUAUGAUUUGGAGCUGCUUACAGAUAUUAUGGUCUGCUCACAGCAGACAUUCAAAGACUAUGGCUGAGUUUCAGAAGCUGUGGGGGAAGAAUGGUCUAAAAUUCCUCCUGAGCGUUGUGCAUAUCUGACCCACAGCUACUGAAAGCUAUUGAUUGAUAUUGUUAUUGCUGUCAAAGGAGGUUCAACUAGUUAUUAAAUACAAGGGUUCACUCACUUUUUCCACCAGCAGUUUAAAUGUUUAAUGGCUGUCUUAAAUAAGACAUAAAUGAUUAUAAUUGUGUGUUAUUAGCUUAAACUCAUUGUGUUUGUCCAUAUUUGUGACUUAGAUGAAGAUCAGAUUACCAAUUAUUGCAGAAAACCAAGUAUUUCUAAAGGGUUGAUUGUAAAGCAGUGCAUCAUCUUUUAUAUUUUGACACCUCAUGAUACCUCAUGUGUAAAGUAGUACAACAUCUCUCUCUGAAAUGUAGUGAACUGUAUGUAUAAAGUACAACACAAUUAAAAUAAUCCAGUAAAGUACCUCAAAACUGUACUUAAGUACAGUUCUUACCUAGGUAUAUUCCAGUACUGGUUGGCAGCACAAGGUGAUGAGCUCACUUACUGAAAUCCUUGAUCUUGAGUAUUGUAGAGAGCAUACUUGUGAUGACAGAAACUGCUACAGAAGUGCUGAAAUUCCAAAAUAAAAGUUUAAUUUAUCCAGUCGAAGCUUGAUCAAAGUUGUCCACUAGAGGGCAGCAAAAGACUUAAGAUCUCUCUCUCUAUUUAGCUUUCUUUAUCUAUUUGAAAGAAAGGAUGUAAAGUAAGUGCCACUCAUUACAUAAUUUCCAUGAUCCAAAAGGCUGAUGAGGCUUGACAUAAUUUGCUGGCUUCCCAUUCCACUUAAGGUCUCAGUGUUAUGACAGCAUGUUGGAGUGGUUCAUAUGUCCCUGUGACAGUUUAUGAAACUACUUAUGUUUUAUUUCAAGGCUCAUAGAACAACAGCGCUAGAAGCAAAAACAUGUUUCUCAUUAAGUUAAUGCCAGCUGUUGCAUAUAGUUGUCUCUAGGGUCUUGUUGAUAGCUUACUGUGCCCAACUAUGUUUAGUGUGGCCACACAAAACUCAGAUAAGACCUCUCUAAUUAAAAACACCCUUAUCUGACAGCAAUAAACCAGUGCUCACUUUAUUGGAGUAUCUGGACCUGUGUAACUUACAGUAACCUGUGCAUGUCUUAUCUCAUGCACAGUGUUUGUUGACCACAGGGAGGAGCUUCUGCGGUGCUGUGUGGUCAGUGUCAAACCUCCUCCUCUGAGGGAUCCUGCUAUAGACAAACUUCGAGGCAGGAGUAGCAGUUAUCUGGAGUAAACCAAGAUAAUGGUGAAGUAAUCCUGACCUAGCUGAGAACAUGCUUGGAAACAAGUUGUUAUUCACACACACUACAAAAUGUAUUUGAUGUUAUAGUGUAAACAACUUCAUUAAGAGCAGAUUGUUUGGUUUGAAGUGCGAGGUCACCUUGUGCUGCCGUGUUUACUGUGAAUAACACUGCCUUAUUAAAGGCCAUGCCUUGUUGUUCUUGUUUGGUUGGAUGUGCAUUUUAAUGACAGCCACUGUCCACUUGUAUUUCUUGCUGCCACUCGAGCAUCCAGUUGAACAGGACGUGUAAAUUAAUCCACUAAUCCCUCUGCUGUCUUUUAAUUAUAGUGAGGACAACAGGUCAUUGGCAUGCACUUUGCAAUUUUAAAUUGCUUUUGUUCUCUUUUAGUGAGGCAGAGGCAGCGGUGGGUUUAUUUAAUCAUCUUUUGAGUUUAGCAUUUUAACUAUAAAUUGGAUGACUUCAUAGACUCCAGAGAAAUGUUUCAAACAAACAUAUGUGUGACUUUCAAUUUGAAGAAUUGUAUUGUGUUUGUAACGAGGAGAAUAAUAUACAGAAUGGCUGCCUUUGUUGUACAGUAUCUUUACAUGCACAGGCACAAACUGCACAAUCAAACUGUCUUUUUUGGCGAACAAAGGAAAAAAUUCGAUAUUACAUAUUUUAGUAUUUUUCACUACAUGUUACCCCCUCUGGACCAACCAACCCCACAACCACAGAGUAGCUGCAUUAGUGGUUCCAGUGGAACAAGUAAAGAUUUCACACUCUCAGUCCUGCUGUAAGCUGAUAGGAAUGAAAAAGGCUGUGGGGCUGCAAACUGGUCUCAAGGCAAAGGAGGGGGCAUAUUUAAUUUAACAUUUAACGUUUAAGCUCAACGCAGCAGACACAUGCUGUAGAAGCACCUGUGGGGCGGGGAGGGGGCAAGCCAGGAUUUAUAACCAGAACAUGGUCGAAACAUAUCUAAUGGGAAAAGAGAGGACAGUCUUUGUGAAUGAAUCGAUGCUCCUUCUCUUCUGCACAAGAGCAUAUUUUUGCUGAAUGCAGCUCUGUAUGGGAAGAAAACACAUCAUUAUAAGUUCAGUUUCAAGGUCAAAGCCAUUAAUGUUUGUUCAGUGGAGAUUUGCUUCGAACACAGCCAGUCUUUAAAACCAUCAAACACAGUGGCAGUAAAUGAAGUAGAUCAGUGAGUGAGAGUACUGUUGAUGUGCUAUAAAUAUGUAACCCCCCUUCAAAGUAACUGACUUUUUAAUGUAAUCUAUAAAUACACCUUGUGUUGUCCGUCACGUUGAGGGCUGAACUUGUCUGCAACAACCCAGCUGUUCUCCCACAGGAAACAUUUUAACAUCCCAUGGGCACAUUCAGCUUUUUCAGAGGCCAAUCACAUUGCGCCUUUAACAGAGAUGCGCCAUGCAGUCUCUCAGCGCUCUGAUCUGCACUCCAGCUGGACAACUGUGGAGCUGCGACGCAGCCACACACGAGCGCAACUGCGACAUAACUCACACUUGGAGACUGUGGUCCGUGUGAGCGGAGCUGACCGGAGACCAGCUGCGGAGAAACUUUUUUUUCUUAGUUUUUUUGGAUGAAUAUUUUUGGAAUCUGCCGAAUGCGUUCGCAAGAGAUCAAUAGAAGUGGGAUCCGACAAAUAAAUGGGACAACAAAAAUCGCGAUAACUUGAAUUGCUCCAGCUGUGUGCACGGUUCAGUUUUGCCAACUUUGUGUACUAGCACCAUCCGAUCUGCCUCAGUCCGCGCGGGCGCAGCAGCAAGCAGGAGGAGGAGGAGGCUGGAUGUGGCACGAGACGGGUCACUGAGCUGCAGCGAGCCGGGUGCGAGUUUCCCCAGUCCCCAACUCUCCAAUGUCACCGGACAGGAUGAUGAUCAUUGGACUCCUGUUCAACGUCUUCUCUCAUGGUAGCAUUCCAGUAUCUGCAUCCUUAGACUGUCUGGUGGCGGAGCAGGGCUGCGUCCAGGAGCAGUCCUGCCUGGUCCUCUAUCGACUGCUGGAGUACUGCACAGCUGAAGAGGCGGUGUCGCCCCUCGGCCCAGAUGCCCGUUUGGAGUGCCUGGAGGCCCAGAACUCCUUGCAGCACUACCGCCCCCUUCAAGUUUGCAAGUGUCAGCGUGGCUCUCGAAGGGAGGAACACUGCCUCAGGGUCUACUGGACCGUGAGAUUUGCAGCAUAUGAUGAGUAUGAGGUGUCUCCAUAUGAAGAAUUGGAGUUAAAUCUGGUGAGAAACAUUGAGAUGUCCCGUAUGGCCUCCAUCAUGGCAGCUUCCACUCUUUCUGUGGACGGCCAAAACCAGUGUCUGAAGGCAGCUCAGGACUGCGGCCUGUAUGAGAAAUGUGGCUCCCUGCGGUCAGAAUAUGUCGUAGCCUGCACCAAGCGAUCAACAGUCUCUGAGAACAGCUGCAACCGCCAGAAAUGCCACAAAGCCCUGCGGCGCUUCCUGGAGCGCGUGCCAGAGGAGUACAGCUUCGCUCUGCUCUUCUGUCCCUGCUCUGACACUCUGUGUGGGGAGCGCCGCAGGAAAACCAUCGUCCCGUCAUGUUCCUAUGAGGAGAAUACGAAAGGAGAGGAAAAAGUGGGCAAGCCUAACUGCAUCAGCCUGCAGAACUAUUGCUCCAGAGAUGAGCUGUGUAGAUCCCGGUUCGCUGAUUUCCAACACAACUGCCAGCCCUCCCCUCUGUCUGCCUCUGGCUGUGUGCGAGAGAGCAGAGCCAUGUGCUUGAAGGCCUACGCUGGACUCAUAGGAACCAUCAUGACUCCCAACUAUGUGAGCAACAGCAGCACAGAAGUGUCCCAGUGGUGCACGUGCGAAGGUAGUGGGAACGAAUGGCAGGGCUGUCAGCGUAUCCUGCACAUGUUCAGCAGCAACAUAUGUCUGCGCAAUGCCAUCAGCUCCAUGGGAAUCUCCGCACCUCCUCCCGUGGAGAACACUCCUGUGCCAGCUUCUCAGCCCUCCCCGCACGUCUACCAGGAGCGCGUCCAUGUCAGCGUUAACACUCUCCCUGAAUUCAACAGUAUGGAGGACAGUGAGGGAGAGGAGCAGGAGGAGGAGGAGGAGAGCGAGGAAUUCAACGUCAUGCCGCCUUACUCUGAGAAGGACUCUAACGUUGAAUCGGGGGCGAGGGGGAGUCGUCGGGGAGCAGCUGGCCGAGCGGUACCUGCGUUACCGUUACUGCUGCUGCUGCCUUCGCUCGUCCUGGACUGGAAGUGAUGGGGGCUGCUGAAGCCUCCAUCUCAUCCUCCACUCAUAUUUUUCACUCGCUACCACUUUCGAAUCCAUCACAGCACUCAGAAUGAAACACAGAGGACAUUUACGAGGAAGAAAAGGAAAUGCUCCUUCUUAAAAAUCUAUUUCUUUAUUUUAUUUAAUUUUUUUAAAUACCCCAACUGUAUUUCCUAAUUCUGUUUCUCCUAUGACUGCCUCCUCAAGAGUUAAAAGAUAUCACUAGUCCUGCAGUAUCUGCCAUGUCUUUGCUCGAGCACUCUCCUAUGAAAGGAAGGGAACAACGUGAGCAGAUAUAUGAGUGCAUGGGUGAAUUGAGAAGUGCUGUCUGGGCAAAUACUCUAUCUAGAGCCUGCUUCACACUCAAAGUACAUCCCCUCUUUUAACAAGAAGCACAUCGCCCAAGGCCACAUCCACUAUACGUGCUCCCAAAAACCCAUAACCAGUCUACUCCACUGCAACCAGACCUGAGCAUGACUUGAUUUCUAUUUCAUGACUCAUGUCACGUCCAUUUCUCUGCUGCCCCUUUGGCUCUUCCCUUUCCCUCCUUCGCACUGUGGUUGAGUAAGAUAAUCCCCUUUACAACAAGCUAAUAAGAAACUGCACCACACUUAAACUGUUUAAAAAAAAAGCUUUUUUUUUUUUAAAAAUGGCUUGAUCGUAUGCCUUCUCAACCUUUGGUUCCUCUCACUUUGUGCGCCAAAAAGCAGAGUGCAACAGUCACUCUGCUCUGCUUCUUUUGUUAACACGCCACUUAGUACUGCUCCUACCAGGGUGAGUGGCUAAGAAUUCAACCACGGGCAAAAGUAAUGAGAUCAAAUUCUAUUGUAGAAGUGAUGAGCAGAGAAAAGCAACAUAAGCAAUUACAGCACAAUUCAAAUUGCUCGGCAUGCAAGGGAAGUCUGGGGUAAGGCUCAGGGGAGAAAAUAGCCAAUUUACUGCUGUCAUACUCUCUCACUUUUCUUUUUUUAAUUCUUAGGAGAUGUGUUUUUAGUGCUCCCUCCCCAUCAUGUGCUUUAGAUGUUGUGAGAGCGAGAUGCGGAGAUAGGGACAGACACAGGAGGCUGUAAAGCCUGCCGGCUGCUCUGAUCAUUGAGCAGCACAUUGAGCCAUUAUCUCUUCCUGAAAUAUCUUUUGCUGAUGUUAAUGAUUUUUUCUCUUAUGGCUCAUUUUCUUGUGAAAUUACUCAGCUGCAGGGAUGUUCGUAAAGAGAAGUAUAGUGAAGUUUUUGUAAGAGGGAUAAACUUGUCUAAUUUUGAGGAUGAGUUUGCAAGAAAUAACCUGUCUGAGCUCUGCAAGGAAACUUGCGUUGCAUACGUUAAUUUUUAUUAAACACAAUCGUUGUAUGUAAUGUAAUAUUUAAGUGAUGGUGAUGCAGUCCACUAACCCCACUGUCUUCAGACAGAUGUGAGCAUUUCCUAAAACAUAUCACAAAAUUAAAAGCAUUGGUUUGCUUUACAUGUCAAAAGAGCACAGCUAGACAUGCUCAUCCAAUCCCACAGCAGAGUCACAGUGUGAGUGGUAAUGCAUUUUAAGCAGGAUUAGAUGUUGACUGUCACUUGAGGAGGCAGUAUGGCCCCACUGCUGUUUAUGACCACACUACUGGACUUGUUUACAUUAUGUUUUAUGGGACACAAAGACUGGGGUUUUAAUAAGGAUGGAUGGUUUAAAGGCAGAAACGCACUGGAAGCAUAUGAGCUAUAUGCUCUUUCAAAGGCAGGUCCAUCACCACUUCAAGCUUAGGAGUCAUAGUUGGACUAGGAUGGAUGUUGUAAGGUUGGUAGUUACCCACUGCAGGGGAAAAUGACAUCAUGCAGCUUUUUGACCACAUUCAUGUCGCAAAUUUGGCCACAGGGAGCUGAGAAUUGGAUGAGGAAAAGGUCACAGCAAGACACAAAAAGUACCUGCAAGACUACAGAAACAUAGUUGGACAGGAUGUUUCAAAUGAAAUGACUGGUAUCCAAAUACACGUACGAGAACCAGAUCAUAGAAGAGACAUGUUGAUAAAUAAACACGCGACAGAAAUGUUGCGUCAGAAAGCAUCAGAUCAACAAUGACAUCCAGUGUGCUCUGGCCUUAAUGACUGAAUGUGAGUUUACAUUUAUUUUCACAUUUCAACAAGUUUGUUUAUAUUUGUAAACUAUGUAAACAUUUACAUCCAACAUGGCUUGUAUUUUUUUGAUGAGUUAAGAAAAAAAACAGAAGCUUAUUCUCCAUCCAUGAAUUAAAUCCUUGAAGAAAAUGUGUGAAUAUUCCCCAACUUGUUCGUUUUUUUUUUUAAGAUUGUAUCUUGAAAAUCCAGUUGAGAGACAGUGUACAUUGAUAUGUUUCUCACGCUAACCUUGUUUUAAAAGACAUAUCAAACAUGCCAAAUAAUGCUGAUGAUAAUGUGUAAUAACUGUGUAAUUUUGUGACAUAGCAGAAAGUGUGCCCAUUUGUUAAAAGACAAAUAAAAGUCACAUUUCCACGUC